AUGUCAUCACGGGCAGGUCCAAUUGAUCUAUCACUCCCCCCUGCCACGCCGAGUCCUGCGAUUACGCCUACGACCGAACAUUCACACCGUCAAUCAUGUGACAGAUGCCAUAGUCAAAAGCUAAGGUGCACUCCUCGUGGGGGAAGCAAAACAGGAGCUUGCAGUCGUUGCUUUCGACAUGGUACUCAGUGCGUGUACAGUCUCAGUCGGCCCAAGGGCCGCCCAAGUUUGCACCACUACAAGGGUGAGACAGUGCUUGCGCCUUCAAGACUACGCAGGGAAACGGUUGUGCUACCGCUUACACCCGAGGAGGACGGCAACACGAGUAUCCAGGAAUCUAGAUUGACAUACAGUUGCCAGCUAUCAGCCCCGCGUCAUGCUUCUGGAACCAUGGGUCCAUGCCAACUUGGGUCGGACCCUAUCCUGGCUUCGGGGCCGUAUCUUGAACUGAUGCCCGAAACAUUGCCGGAUCAUGCGCUGCAACUAGGCGUCUGCUCGUGGGACGCUAUGCAUGCACAAUAUCAGCCCAUCGAUUUGUCAAACUUGGCUUCCAGCACCCCAAUGGACCUGCAGCUGAGCCUUCACGACUCUCUGUUAGAUCUAUGCAUGCUCGGGGCCGAACAAGACCCUCAUUUGUGCAUGACGCAGCAAUUGGCAAGCCAACCACCUUACAAUCCCGACACCUCCAUGUUAAGUCUUGUUCAGCUCGUCCCCAGGCUUCAUGCUCUAUCUAACAAGAGCCAUGAGCUUUUUGAGAACUGGAAGUUAUCUCAAAAACUGAGGCAUAUUGACCACCCUGUGCCCGCGAUAUUUCUCAAUAACGCUGUUUUCAACGUCGUUGCACGAUGGCUUUUGAGCCCUUUGGGGGACACCGACGAUGAGUGGACAAAUGAGUUGGCCAAUGAGGGGCUUCUCGUUGAGCUGCUAUCAUUCUCGUCUAAACUCACAAAAGCGACCCUGGCCCUUGGAGAGGAACUCGGAACCCGAACCAACAAGGCUGUAUGCGACAACAGUGUAGCGCAACAUCUAGUGGUUGCAUGUCAUAUGCUGUUGCUUAGCAGCUUCAGAGCCGUAUUGGGCGCCUUGCAAAAUGGCGCCGACGCCGAACGUCACGCUGUCCCAGAAACCACAGCGUCAGGACUCGAAGAUCCCCGGUUGGCAAUGGUGGUACAGUUCUGUUCUUACUUAUUGGUGCGACAAUGCCGCGUGGACCACAAGUUGAUACAGGAGUUGAAAGCGCAGGUUAAUAGCCAGGUUGCAUCGUUUCAGAGGCUUUGGCAUGGUGGUACGUAG